GCAAGCUGCCUUUGAUGAUCCCGAGUUCCAGGCCCGUCCGCAGCCCCUCUUUUUGACUUUUCUCCAAUCUGAACCCUAACGUCAGCAUCUCAUCUUCUCUCUCCCUCCUUGCCUCAACUUAGCGACUUCCUCAGUCGCACUUGCAUAGGUCAGUGGUCUCAAGGAAGAUGAAGAAGAACAGCAGCAGCAGUGAAGAAGGCGACGGUGCUCCUCCUCUUCCGCAAGAGAUCAUAGUGGAGAUUCUGCUGAGGCUGCCGGUGAAGUCAUUGUGCAGAUUCAGGUGCGUUUCCCCUUUGUGGCGCUCCAUCAUCUCCGAUCCCCAAUUCGUCUCCUCCCACUUCGCUUGCUCCUCCGCUCGUCCCAAACUGCUGCUUUCUGUGGAUGAAUAUGAAAAGGCGAGUGAUAAUAUUGCUUCAAAAAUGAAAGGAAAAAUGUUCUUCUCCACGGACUAUCCCGAGAAUUCAGAGGACCUGUGCCAGGUUGCGAGCUACCAUGGCCGAAUUACCACCAUGGGCUACUAUAUUCAAUGUUCUGCGGGUGGCUUGAUCUGCAUUAAUGCUGAAGAGGGAAUCAAAAUUUGUAACCCUAGCACCGCAGAGUGCAUUACCUUUCCCAAUCCCCCGAACCAUGCUGGCUCCUUUUUAGGGUACGAUCCCGUCGAAAAGAAGCACAAGAUUCUGAAAUUCACCUUUACGGAAACGGAGAUGGAAAUUUUAACUCUCGGCGAGAAGGAGUGGAGGAGGAUGAAUCCCUGUCUACUCGAUAUUGAAUCUUUUGAAGGUGACAGUCUGUGUAUUGAGGGGGUCCUGUAUCUUAUUGGUCGGACGGAAGAGGGUGAGGCUUAUUUAGUGGCGUUUGAUGUUAGGUUGGAAAGUUUUCGGGCGGUUCCCUUGCCUGAAGAAUGCGAAUAUUAUUGUUACAAGUAUUUGAUGGAAUUCGGCGGGUGUGUUGCUUUAGUUAACUGUGGGCCGACCAUUGCCAAUACUCUGUAUGGCGAAAUUAGAGCGUGCGUAUUGGACGAUCUACAUAAGCAAGUUUGGAGCUGCAAAGAUGAUAUACCAUCUCCUCACUUGGAUGAUACUCUUCCUAUUGAGCGACUUUGUGUUGGGGUCACUCACGCAGGUGAAUUGGCGUUUGCACCACCGCUAUCUACGGAACCGUUCUGUUGUUAUUUGUACCACAUGAAGGAUGCUUCAUUGAGGAAAAUUGAGAUCUCUGGAUUAUGUGAACGUAUAAGUGCACUGACUGAUGGAAUUUUUGGGCGGGUGAUGAUUUGUUCUCAUGUGGAAAGUCUACAAUCGCUAGGGGAGCUUCGUAUCGACUAGCGGGUCGCCCCUUUUAUUUAUUCGACAUGUAGGUUGGGAAUGGACAAAAAAGGCAGGGAAUGGACGACCUUCGUUGUGAAGGCAGGAGCUAUAUCAUGGAAAUAGUAGAAAGUGGUACGCUCUUCUGGAGAUUGGAAUGUGAAAUGGUUUGUUCUCAAAUGUGUUUGUUCUGUCAGCCUCUUGAUUCCUCUAUAUUGCAAAAUAUGCUCUGUAGACCGAGAAUGUCAAAUGGCCUGACAUUCCAAAGACAAAUGUAUGUUCUGUGUGCAUCUUUUGAUUUUAUAACAAUAAUGUGCAUGUUAACCUUGUAC